UUUAUAACUGAUUAACCUUUCUAACACAAGUAAAACAUAAAACAAAAACAAGAUCUAAGAUAAAUAUGACCGUCUUUGUUUCAGGAAAAAAGAAUAAAACAUAAAGAUUUGGAGAACACUGUAUGAUAGGAAUACACAUUGUUAAAUCGGUCAAACAAUUUUACAUUCAUGUCUCAUAAGUCUGUCGAAUUUGACAAAAAUGAGGGAUCGGGAGGAGGCAAGAAAGCCAGCAAGUCCUCAAAUAAUCCAUGGGGUGACCAAUUACUUAACGAGAAGGAUAAACCCACAAAGACACAAACUGUUAUGUUUGAGAGUAGGGAAGACUGGGACAAUUUACUCAAAUAUGCACGCAAUGGAAAUACUUCGUCAAUUAAAACACCAAUCCAAUCUGCAGCGCCAUCUGUGGCAAGUGCUAAGUCACGCGGCACAAGGUCAAGGCCGGGGUCAAGACGAGCCUCGUCUGUGUCUGUUUUGUCCGAAGUAGGUUUUGUGUUUUCACCCCGUCAACGUUUGGAGUCUCAUACCGAAGCUGGCACUGGUGACACCCUAGCAGACGAUGAUGACGUCACUCAGAGAACGAAUGCAAUUGGUGCCAACGAGACAGAGCCACUGAUUCCAAAGAGAAAUGAUGACCAACCAAUAAAAUGCAUUGAUUUGUGUACUUUGUUGACUCUUAUUUUCAUUUUUAUUGGUCGAGGUUUAUGUUUAGACUCUCUCGGACCCACUCUCCUCGAUUUAAUACAAAUAUCGGGAACCGAUAUCUCAGUUUCCUCGUAUAUAUUCAUCUGUCAAUCGACAGGGAUUCUGUUCGGCUCACUAGUAAGCCCGUAUAUCUAUGGCCGGUUUAGGGAAGGAACAGGCAUGUUUAUCGUGCUUCUGCUGCAGGGUUGCUGCACUGCAAUUGUUCCACUCUUCCGAAACUUCAUUGUGAUGUGUUGUUUGUUCCUUGGACAGGGAAUCGGGAUUGGCAUCACGGGAGUAGGAGUAUGUCAGAUCUGUUUAAAAUUAGGUGGGCAGAGAUAUAGUGGUACAUUCCUCCAAGCUGUUUACUUCGGCGUUUCCGUCGGAGGAAUAAUUGGUCCACUGAUGGCAGAACCUUUUUUAUCCCACAAAGUCAACCUGACAGAAUCCAUUCUAGAGGUGCCUUGGAACUUGUCAACCAACAACACCAAUGCAGUUAUCGAAAGAGAAACCCAGACAAAGAGCAACGUGUUGUGGUUUUACAUCAUAGUUGGGUGUAUUGUAGCCCUACCUGGGAUACCGUCCCUGUGCUUGCAGUAUGCCAUACGACUCAGAGGCGACCAAAAUAACUUGGAUGACAUGGAUGCGAAUGACGAGAAGCCAGCUGAACCAGAGGCAACGUGUGCAACUUAUGUUUUACUCGUUCUCUUGUCCAUGUUCGUUGUUCUAUACUACGGGAUGCAGGAUUCACUGGCCAAUCUCUUGACGGCAUUUGCUGUUAACAGCAAGCUUCAAUUACCCAAAUCAACGGGCAAUUUAUUAUGUUCGAUAUUCUGGUUCUCAAGUGCUGCAAGUAGACUAUUUGGGAUAUUAUUCGCCGGUCGCUUCUCAGCGCUUAGUAUGCUUACAGUUGACCUAACACUUUCCGUUGUUGCAGGGGUUACAAUGUCAUUCUUCGGGGAUUCCAGUCCAGAAGUGCUGUUAGCAUUUGUGAUAAUGUUUGGCAUCAGUUGGGCAACUAUCAAUGGUGCCAUAGUGUUUUGGGCUUCAGAUCACAUCUUACCAAGCAUGUAUAAUGUACGCGUUGUAUUCGUCUCCAGGUGUUUAGGGCUAAUGAUUGCGCCAUCUAUUGUGGCAAAUUUGUUUGAUUUACUUGGGCCAAUGGUUUUGAUGUAUACCAUUGCCUUAAUAAGUAUUACCAUUUCAGUCAUAUUUAUUAUAAUGCAAAUUAUUUAUUGGAAAUAUAUUAAAAGAAAUUGACGUUGUAUGAAUAGGC